AUGCGUCUCCUGGUGCGCCACAGAGUGCGGCUCCAGGCAGUGGGCCUUGCUGGGGAGCCACCUAAUGAAUCUGGUGAAGCAAUUAAGGGCGGGGCAUUAGUGGCUGGGGAUAGCAUCCAGCUUGCAACGCAGGGGCUCCGGUUUGAUCCCUGGCCCGAGAAGAUUCCACGCGCACAGAACAACCAAGCCCAGGCACCACAGCUGCGGAGUCAGUGCUCUCGGGCCCGCGAGCCCCAAGCCCUGAGCCGAGCCUCUGCGGCUGCCGCGGAAGCCCGUGCAGCCUACUGCCUGCGCUCCGCGACUAGAGAGGCACCGCAGUGA